GUUGGGCCUUCAGCUAAUCCGGACUCCUUUUGCCCGCCAAAACCUAUGAUCAUCAUUUCGAUGAACGAUGAUGAUUCCCUCUCUCGACUUUUGUUUUGCCUUGCGGGACUCAAACAUCUCCAGCAGACUAGCAGAGAACUCAUCUGAGGCUAGGCCUGUAACGUUUCUCCCACGGCUUUACGAGUGAUCGUCGAGAAAAUUGGACAACUGUGGGAAAACUACUCUGUGAUGAACUGCUUGUUGUACGUGUCUUCUGCGGCUAUAUUUUCAAAGACUAAUUUCAUCAUGAAGCGUUCUUUCUAUGCCUUUUGUAGUUCAUCAUGGAAAAGAAGCAUAAACCAUGCUGGUAUUAAAGCCGUUAACUUAGAUUUCGUGUUGACAAGAUUUCGUGUUCAGUGUUAUUCUAGCCGGCGUGGCAGUGGUGGGGGACGUGCCUCUCCGUCAUCAAAGCCGAAUCCUGGACCAUCAUCCAUGGGUGAAGAUGAGAAGGACGCUUUCUAUGUUGUUCGCAAGGGGGAUAUCGUUGGCGUUUACAAGACUUUAAGUGAUUGCCAAGCUCAAGUUGGAUCUUCUGUAUGUGAUCCUUCUGUCAGCGUGUACAAAGGGUAUUCGCUGCCCAAGGAGGCUGAGGAAUAUCUUGUUGCACAUGGGCUCAAGAAUGCUAUGUAUUCCAUCAGCGCUGAAGAUGUAAAAGGGGACCUUUUUGGAGCUCUUGUUCCUUGUCCGUUCCAGCAACCAGUGUCUCCUAAAGGUAAGACAUCCAAAAAGGAUUCCCCACAAAAGAGAUCACAUGAAGCACUGGAAUUAGACAGCAAUGUGGUAGGAAUUGGUUCUACAUCUGUUAUGUCAGAUCCCUUGUGGAAGCAUGCCAAAUUAGAGCAUUCAGUUGAGGCACAGGGAAUCUCUAAAAUUCUAUCCUGCAUUCUUGAGUUCGAUGGUGCUUCAAAAGGAAAUCCUGGAAAAGCUGGUGCUGGAGCUGUACUUCGAGCUGAAGAUGGAAGUGUGAUUUGCCGAUUGCGUGAAGGAGUGGGUAUUGCAACCAACAAUGUUGCUGAAUAUCGAGCAAUGCUCUUGGGAUUAAAAUAUGCUAUCAAGAAAGGAUUUAAACGAAUUCGCGUGCAAGGUGACUCCAAACUUGUUUGUAUGCAGGUUCAGGGUCUAUGGAAAGCCAAGAACCAGAACAUGUUGGACUUGUUAAAGGAGGCCAAGGAGCUCAAAGAUAAAUUUUUCUCUUUUGAGAUUAGUCAUGUUCUCAGGGACCUUAAUUCUGAUGCUGAUGCUCAAGCAAACUUGGCUGUCAAUCUUGAAGAUGGUGAAGUUCAAGUGGAGUGACAAGUAGCUCGUGAAUAAUCAGAAACAACUCUAUUCUAAACGGUUCUUCUGCAGAAAGAGGCAGUAAUAUGCAUGAACUUAAACUACAUUUUACUGCAAAUGGGAUCAAAGAUUACUUUGUGAUCCCAUAUUCUGGGUGGUGAGCGAUGCUAAUGCGACAUGUUACAGUUCCCCCUGGGUCCUCGAUGGUGGUUACUAGAUUCCAUUUUAGCAUGUCCUGACUUUCGGCUUUAUUGAGAAUGGUGUCUAACUUGACAGUUUUUGGGAGGGCUGAUACGUGAUACCCCAAUUACACACUAGUUUAAGGAUUUCAGUUUGGUGCCUCUUGUUUCACAAGGGAAGAAUUGAAAGGAAAAGAAUGUUUUUACUAUUAUUUGUACUUAAGUUUAUUAAACGGGUAUGUAUUUCAAGGCCAUAUCAGCUGACAUCCUCUGAAUGUGUUAUAAGUCCCAUUAUGUGCGCCGUCAGAUGCCCGUGGUUUUUGGUUUUGUGAAAUUUGUUGAACUAAAUUGUUAAUUUCAUUAUUGAAAUUGAACUAUACUAGCCGGAACAGACUAUUUACAGUGCAAAUCUGAAUUUGAUGCAAAAUUUGCACCCAGUUCGGUUAUGCAUCUAUUUAUUUGUAACUGUGGUUUGCGUUCUAAUCGAUAUAAAAUUUGUGCUUGUCUUA